AUGGAUGUACGACUUAGCACGCUUCUGUCUAACAAAGCCCUGGAAGAACCUAGUGUUCCGCUCGCCCUCUGCCACCCAGCGAACGGCCGCCUUCUGCUUCCAGAAAUCCUCCUCCAUAAGGAGUCGGAGCUGGUACUUGGCGUGGCAGCGGUGCAUCGCAGUCCUAUUCUCCGGAGGGAAGACCCAAUAGAAGGGGCAGAUUUGGAUCUCGAGAAGGACCCAGAUCUGUGGCCACUGACGGGUCGCUGCUCAGCUGAGGGGAUCCCUGUGACGCUGUUUUCGAGAGGCGAGAUUGGGAUGACCGGCGAGGGCGUGUCCAAAAGCACAGUGACGGCGCCGGCGCCGUCGUGA